AAGGUUUCAACCAUUUUCAUUGGGCUUAUAAACAAGGUUUUAUGGAGCUACACACUAUACCUGAUGAAGAAGAGGGUUGGAAUUUAAGAGAGAAAAGAAAAAAAGCUGAAACAAGAAAGCUGAUCAUCAGACCCAAAGAAACGAAACAAAAAAAAAAGGGCUUUUCUUUUUUACUUGAUCUACCUUCCUCUAUCUCAUGUCAUGCUGUACUAGCUUUUCUUUGUCCCCUUUUUUCAAUUUCUUUUCAAAUACAAACUUUUGAUCAGCUUUACAGAGUGAGAAGAAAUAGGCAAGACCAGAAAGGAAGCAUUUAGCCAAGGAAAAAUAUUUUGCUUUGCCCUCUUUGGCUCUAUAUUAACUAAAAUAGUUAAUCGUGCCCAAAGAGAGGUUGUGCAGUGCAGUGCAGGAGCUAUUUUAUCUAUGUUGCCCGAUAACUCUUGCUCUUCACAGCCAUUAUAUUUAGAGAAUGGUAGUACUAACAAUAAGAGGAAAAGAAGACCGGCUGGAACGCCAGAUCCAGAUGCAGAAGUGGUUUCUCUAUCCCCCAAAACACUGCUGGAGUCGGAUCGUUACGUUUGUGAGAUCUGUAACCAAGGGUUUCAGAGAGACCAAAACCUACAGAUGCAUAGGCGGCGACAUAAGGUUCCAUGGAAGCUACUCAAGAGAGAAACUCCGGUGGUGAGGAAGCGGGUGUUUGUUUGCCCGGAGCCUACCUGCUUGCACCAUGAUCCCUGCCAUGCUCUAGGUGAUUUGGUUGGGAUAAAGAAGCAUUUUAGGAGAAAACACAGCAACCACAAGCAAUGGGUGUGCCAGAAAUGUUCUAAGGGUUAUGCUGUUCAAUCUGAUUAUAAAGCCCAUCUUAAAACCUGUGGCACCAGAGGCCAUUCCUGUGAUUGCGGCAGAGUUUUUUCAAGACAUUUCCUGCUUGUGUUUGAUAGAGUUGAGAGUUUCAUUGAACAUCAAGAUGCUUGCCAUAUGGGCCGUGUCAGGCAAGAACCACAAGCACUUCAACCGGCUUGCUUGUCACGAACAGCUUCGAGCCACAGUCCGUCCAGUGAUACCAAUUUCAGCACAUCUCCUUGGCCAAGUAGUUUGAUGUUGGCAAAGACAAUGGAUACCCCUAGUUCCCCACAAAAAGCACAAUACCACAAUUUGGAACUUCAACUCCUAACCACUUCAAGUCCCAGUCCCACUGAGGCUAAAAAAUAUUCAACCCAAGCUGGUGAACAGCUAAGGUUGGCAAUGGCGGAGAAAGCUUACGCAGAAGAGGCAAGACGGGAAGCGAAAAGGCAGAUGGAAAUAGCUGAGCAAGAGUUUGGCAAGGCAAAGAGAAUUAGGUUACAAGCACAAGCUGAAUUAGAAAAGGCUCACGAUAUAAAGGAGCAUGCAAUAAAGCAAAUCAGAUCCACCAUGCUUGAAAUUACUUGCCAAGCUUGUAAGCAGCAGUUCCAAGCCAGAACACCUCUCGGAGACAAGUGUCCAGUAGUGAAUUACAUUUCAUCAGGUAUAACAGAAGGUGAAGUUGAAAACGAUAUUGGAGCAAAGGUUACUAAAACAUAAACAUAAACCACCAUUGAUUAGUGGAGUGUUUAUCGUGCAUUUGGUGUGAUGUAAUUUGUUCAUUGAAUUGGGUAAAUGGAAGGUAGGAAUGGGUUUUGUUGGAUAUAUUUGUUCUAGGUUUUCCUACUCAGUUUCGUUGGAUUUUGUGGUUGGAAUAUUUGGAGAGAUGUUUGUAGCCCUAACUAAACAAGUCAGAAAAUGGUGGCCUUUCAUUAAUAUAUGAAUAACAAUACAAUACAAAACAAAGCACGAGAGAGAGAGAGGAAUCUUGAGACUGAUGGUCCUUUUUUGUGAAAUAAAUGCAAAUGAAGGCCAUGUUUUUCAGUGCCA